AGGGGCGAGGCUUCGUCUUCCUGGCCCGGCGAGAAUGGAGGUGGCCGUCUCGCUGCUGGGCCUCUUGCUUUGGGCCUCGGGGUCGGCGGAGAGCGCCGCCGGCCCUCCCCGGGACUCCUUGCGAGAAGAGUUGGUGCUCAGUCCGCUGCCUUCCGGCGAUGUGGCCGCCACGUUCCAAUUCCGCACCCGCUGGGACUCGGACCUGCAGCGUGGCGGCGGCGUCUCCCAUUACCGGCUGUUCCCUAAGGCUCUGGGCCAGCUUAUUUCAAAGUAUUCAGUGCGCGAGUUACACCUCUCCCUCACUCAGGGAUUCUGGCGAACGCGGAGCUGGGGACAGCCCUACUUGCAAGCUCCUGCAGGUGCAGAACUUUGGGUCUGGUUCCAGGACACUGUCUCAGAUGUCGACAAAGCUUGGAAUGAUCUUAGUAACAUCCUCUCAGGAAUAUUCUGUGCUUCUUUAAACUUCAUUGAUUCCACCAACACAAUCAUCCCAACUGCAUCCUUCAAACCGCUGGGGCUGGUGAAUGUAACAGAUCAUCGUUUCCUACGAUAUGCUGUCUUGCCCCGUGAAGUUGUAUGCACUGAAAAUCUCACACCUUGGAAGAAGCUGUUGCCUUGCAGCUCAAAGGCUGGCCUGGCUGUUCUGCUGAAGGCUGAGCGACUGUUCCACAGCAGUUACCACUCCCAGGCUGUGCACAUCCGUCCCAUUUGCAGGGACAAAUCUUGUCUACGUUUAUCUUGGGAACUCAGGCAGAUCCUCACUGUUGUCUUUGAUAGUUUUGCCAGUGCCCAGGGAAAGAAAGAUUGGUCAUUCUUAAAAAUGUUCUCUCGUACCCUCACUGAAGCCUGUCCUCUGGCGUCUCAAAGCAAGGUUUAUGUUGAUAUUUCCAGCAAAACCCAGGAGCAAGAGUUCCUGGAUGUUUCUCCAGCUCCUUUAUCUGUCUAUGAAGCGUCAGUCCAGGGAGACAGAAGAACCUACGCAGUUUAUGACCUUCUGAAUCCAACACUCUUCAACACAUCUCGCAACCUCAAUGUGCUAUUGAAAUGGAAACGGCCUCAGGAUAAUUUGGGCCUGACAGUACCGGUGCUCCAUGCUCAGCGCUAUGUGAGUGGUUAUGGUCUCCAAACAGGAGAAAUCAGCACUCUUGUGUAUAACACACAUCCGUAUCGAGCUUUCCCUGUACUUCUGCUAGAGACUGUGCCCUGGUACCUACGGCUCUACAUUCAUACCUUGACCAUUAUUACUAAAGGAAAGGAAAAUAAACCAAGUUAUAUCCAUUAUCAGCCAGCACAGGACCGAAAGCGUCCCCAUCUCCUGGAAAUGUUGAUUCAGUUGCCAGCAAACUCAGUCACAAAGAUCAACAUCCAGUUUGAGAGAGCCUUGCUCAAGUGGACUGAAUACACACCUGAUCCCAACCAUGGCUUUUAUGUGAGCCCAUCUGUCUUAAGUGCCCUAGUGCCAAGCACCAUUGCCAUAAAAGAGGAAGAUGAAGAUAUAAAACCACUUUUUGCUUCACUAUUUCCUUCCUUUGAUGGCUCCAGUUACUUUGUACGUCUCUACACUGAACCCCUCCUGGUGAAUCUACCAACACCAGAUUUUAGCAUGCCAUAUAAUGUGAUCUGCCUGACUUGCACUGUGGUAGCUGUGUGUUAUGGCUCCUUUUAUAAUCUUCUGACCAGAACAUUCCAUGUAGAAGAACCUAAGAAGGGAGGCCUAGCCAAGCGACUGGCAAACAUAAUUCGUAAAAUAAGAGGUGUACCACCUCUCUGAGGACUGCUAGUGCAUGUACUUCUGAAAGCUUUAGGAACUCUCCAGCCAAGAAUUGAAGGGCCAACUUGUGAGAAGGUAGAUGGUUGAAGCAGGGUACCUUUUGCAAGAUUUAAUUUAUUUUUUUAUUAUGAAUUGUUUUUCAUGGUUGUUGGAUAGCUUCCUUCAUUGCUGAUCUCAGGACUGUAAAUAAAAAUGCCCAGGGGAUAAGCUUACUCUUUUGAAGAUGUUUACAUUAUCUGAAAAGACAACUUCAAAUAAGCCAGAAUUGCUCUUGAAUUUUUAUCUCCUUGGUUUUGAUAAAAUAGAACCACUCUUAUCUCAUUAGCUAACUUACUUCAGUUGCCCUAUACACGUACUGAGCUUGCACCUUUUAAUUGCCACGUGCAACUUAACUGAAAGCAGAAUUUUUUUGAGAGCAACGCAUCAACACUGUUGGUGGAUGUAAGAGAGAACAAACACAUAAAAUAUUAAAUAAUAAAGAUUUGUGCUUGAGGGUAUUUUGCAUACCUAUUUAAUUUUGGCAAAUUGCUAUUUUAGAGGAAAAAACAAUUUGAAGUACACUGAUACACAGGAGAAUACAGCUUCUAGAAAUCUCCAUAACAGUUUGUGAUUUAAGAGCAUCAGCAACCUGAACAAAAAAGUACUCUUAAAACAGAAAAACCAUGGUGCUGGACUAGUGAUACCCACAGGAUUUAGAUUAAGAUGAUAAUCUAAAUUGGGGAAUAAAUGCUGUUUGUAUGCAAACAAAAAUCGUUUAAAAAGAUUUCAAUAUAUAGUUGACAAGUGGUAUUAAGGUCUUCAUAAAGAUCAUUAUUUUAAUCAGUCUUCCAUGUACCAUACUGCCUGAUAGCAAAGCAAAAAUUUCACCUGAGUGAACCCAUAGAAAUCCGUGCAAGGUAUGGAAAUUGGUCAAGGGAUAGAUUAGAAAACUUACCAGUUUUUACCCCAUGUCCACCAAUCCAAUCUGAAAGAUUUUGUUAUUUUGUUGAUGGUGAAAAGCUAAGGAGAAUCAGACUUGGAUAGUAUUUGGAUGAGAGACUGCCAGGGAAAACCUAGUCUGUAAAUUAGACUGAGAUGUUGAAAAGGCAUUCUGGAAAAAGGCAGUGGAAAGCACUUUUGCAGUGUUGUCAAGAAAGCUACAAGUAUGUACAGUGGUGAUAAAGUUUGUGAAUAGCUAAAAAGAUUCUGAUUAAAGAUACAACACCCAAAACA